CUGGGACGGCACUGGGUGCGUGGAGCGUGGGAUCACCCAGGAUUGUGUUCCCUCCUCUCUCUCUCUCGUGGGUCUGUUUACAUGUCCGACCUGACUGCUUUAUGACAAUGGAUUACUUUCUGCUUUUAUGCAGCCUCUUGCUGCCAGUGGUGUCCGCCGUUGAAGAGACGCUGAUGGACACAAAGUGGGCCACAACAGAAUUAGCCUGGACUGCACACCCUGAGACCGGGUGGGAAGAGGUGAGUGGCUACGAUGAUGCCAUGAACCCCAUCCGGACGUACCAAGUCUGCAAUGUCCGUGAGGUCAACCAGAACAACUGGCUACGCAGUGACUUCAUCCCACGAAAGGAUGUGCUGCGUGUAUAUGUAGAGAUGAAAUUCACAGUGCGCGAUUGCAACAGCAUUCCCAACAUCCCAGGUUCCUGCAAAGAGACCUUCAACCUCUUCUACUAUGAGUCUGACUCAGAUUCAGCCACAGCCACCAGCCCCUUCUGGAUGGAGAACCCUUAUGUGAAGGUGGAUACCAUUGCCCCAGAUGAGAGCUUUUCCAUGCUUGAGACUGGGCGGGUAAACACAAAGGUUCGAAGUUUCGGGCCAUUGUCCAAAGCCGGGUUCUACUUGGCCUUCCAGGAUCUCGGUGCCUGCAUGUCGCUCAUCUCAGUGAGGGUCUUUUACAAAAAAUGCUCCACCACCACUGCCAACUUUGCCAUUUUCCCAGAGACAGCAACUGGGGCCGAAGCAACCUCCUUGGUCAUUGCGCCAGGAACUUGUGUCUCCAACGCUUUGGAGGUGUCCGUGCCAUUGAAGCUCUACUGCAAUGGAGAUGGCGAGUGGAUGGUUCCUGUAGGGGCCUGCACUUGCUCGUCUGGGUUCGAACCAGCCUUGAAGGAGACCCAAUGUCAAGCUUGCAGCCCUGGCACCUUCAAGUCCAAACAAGGAGAUGGCUUUUGCUUGCCGUGUCCAGCCAACAGCCGUGCCAGCUCAGGAGCAUCAAGUGUUUGCUCCUGUAGAAACGGUUACUACCGCUCUGACAACGAUUCUCCCGACUCCCCCUGUACCACCGUUCCUUCUGCACCCCGCAGUGUCAUCUCCAGCGUGAACGAAACCUCACUUGUGCUGGAAUGGAGCGACCCACGAGACUUGGGUGGCCGGGAAGACAUCUUUUACAACGUCAUCUGUAAGAAGUGCCUGCCUGAGCGGGGAAUGUGCUCGCGGUGUGACGACAACGUAGACAUCUCGCCACGGCACCUGGGCCUCACCCAGCGCCGUGUGGCCGUCCGUAAUCUACAAGCCCACACGCAGUACAGUUUUGAGAUCCAGGCGGUCAACGGUGUUUCCAACAAAAGCCCCUACACACCUCAGUUCUCUGCAGUGAACAUCACAACAAAUCAGGCCGCUCCCUCUGCAGUGCCCACGGUUCACCUGAUGGCGGCCACAGCCAGCACCAUGAGCCUGUCCUGGCUGCCUCCAGAGAAACCCAACGGAAUCAUUCUGGAUUAUGAGAUUAAGUACCAUGAGAAGGAUCAGGGUGAGGCCAUUGCUCAUACCAUGACUGCACAACGGAGCAAUGCCCGCAUUGAAGGUCUCAAGGCUGGCACACCCUAUGUGGUACAGGUCCGUGCCCGCACAGUGGCCGGUUACGGCCGUUACAGCAGCCCGGCCGACUUCAGCACCAACUUGCAAACCGACCCUCCAAAGUCCUGGCAAGAGCAGCUGCCACUCAUCGUGGGAUCAGCCACCACCGCCUUCGUCUUCAUCAUUGCAGUUGUGGUCAUUGCUAUCGUCUGCCUCAGAAAGCAGAGAAAUGGUUCAGAGUCGGAGUACACAGAGAAACUGCAGCAGUACAGUAAGUAUCUUUUAACACCGGGAAUGAAAGUCUACAUUGACCCCUUCACCUAUGAGGACCCCAACGAGGCUGUGCGCGAGUUUGCCAAGGAGAUCGACGUCUCCUGCGUGAAGAUCGAGGAGGUCAUUGGCGCAGGAGAGUUCGGGGAGGUGUGUCGCGGUCGCCUAAAGCUGCCUGGGCGCCGUGAGAUCAUCGUAGCCAUCAAGACUCUCAAGGUUGGCUACACUGACCGCCAGAGGCGAGACUUUCUGUCUGAGGCGUCAAUCAUGGGCCAGUUCGACCAUCCCAACAUUAUCCGUCUGGAAGGUGUGGUCACCAAGAGUCGACCAGUGAUGAUUGUGACCGAGUUCAUGGAGAAUGGAGCACUGGACUCUUUCCUACGGCUCAAUGAUGGGCAGUUCACAGUGAUCCAGCUGGUUGGCAUGCUGCGUGGUAUCGCAGCAGGCAUGAAGUACCUGUCCGACAUGAACUACGUGCACAGAGACCUGGCUGCCCGUAACAUCUUGGUCAACAGUAAUCUAGUGUGUAAGGUGUCUGAUUUUGGCCUAUCUCGAUUCUUGGAGGAUGACGCUACAGACCCCACGUACACCAGCUCCCUGGGAGGAAAGAUACCCAUUCGUUGGACGGCUCCCGAGGCGAUUGCCUACAGAAAGUUCACCUCGGCCAGUGAUGUGUGGAGCUACGGCAUUGUCAUGUGGGAAGUGAUGUCGUAUGGCGAACGGCCGUACUGGGACAUGAGCAAUCAAGAUGUGAUAAAUGCCGUGGAGCAGGACUAUCGACUGCCCCCACCCAUGGACUGCCCCACAGCACUGCACCAGCUCAUGUUGGACUGCUGGGUCAAAGAGAGGAACCUGCGACCCAAAUUCACCCAGAUUGUGGCCACGCUGGACAAACUUAUCCGCAAUGCUGCCAGCCUCAAGGUGGUCACCAACAGCACACAGUCUUCUGGGGUAUCCCAUCCAUUGCUUGACCGCUGUGUGCCAGACUAUACCACUUUCACCACUGUGGGGGACUGGCUGGACGCCAUCAAGAUGAGCCGCUACCGUGACAACUUUGUCAAUGCCGGAUUUGCUUCCUUUGACCUGGUGGCCCAGAUGACAGCAGAGGACUUGCUGCGGAUAGGGGUAACGUUGGCCGGCCAUCAGAAGAAGAUUCUCGGUAGCAUUCAGGACAUGAGACUACAGAUGAACCAAACACUUCCUGUCCAGGUGUGAGCGACAGGACAAACAGACCGAUGCAGUCGAAAGACAGCCAGACAGGAAAAGCGGGGAGGAACUGUGCCAGAGAGAGCCAUUGGAAAACCCUAGCUGCCUGACCCAUCUCUGCCAAUUAGACGCUAUAAAACUGGCUUGCAGUGCCUCUGACUAUUUUUUUUUUUUAUUUUACUACCACUUCCAUUUCCUGUUCCUGCUUUUUUUGUUAUUCCUCAUUGUUUCUUUUUCCAUCCAAUCAGAAUUUGUGUGUUUUUUGAAAGAGGAGGAAGAGUUACCCCCCUUAUAUCCCAUGCGUGCCUCACCAGCUCUGGUGUGGGUUGACGUUUGCAUGCAUGUGUGUUUUAGUGAGGUUGGCCUUAGCCCUAUACCUGAAAUGUCACACUCUGAUCCUCACCCGAGUGCCCCUCCCUGUGACCUCUUAACCCAGCUGUGAUGGACGUAAUACAUAGUAAAGAAUGAACGCCCUGGUAUAAAAAAAGUGAACAAAAGGUUCACACACAAAAAAAAAAUGACUUGACAAAAAGCAGAGGUGUUUCGGACCCACAGGAGAUAGAGGACAAAUCUUUCCCUGAUAGAAGUUGUUUUACUGUGCACGUGUGUCGUUCUCCAUCUUCAUAUUGAAGGUGUGUAAUGUAAAAGGGCACCUGCUGGAGAAGGGUGAGGUGGAGGAAGAGGAUAUAUGAUGGGCUGAGAUCAAAGGUCAAGAAGAUGACAGAGGUCAAAUAGGUCAAAGGAGGGCAGCCACAUUUUUGGACACUUGUUUUGGCUGCUGAAUCCUCAAAAGGUCACUAGAUGACCUCUUCACCCUGACCUGAAGUGACUCAGGAUAGCUCCACAGCUUGGGAUCACCUGCUCAUCAACUGUGUUUUUACAGAUUAAAAUGUGUUAUUUUUGUUUGUCCACACACUUUUUUUCUUCAUUUUUUUGGCUUUCUUACACAUUUUUGGGAGAUUUGUGGUUUCAAAAUGGCCGGUCAAACCCAAGUACCCCCCACUGGACACUUUGUGUGAUUAAGGGGAGACGAGGACUGUGGCAACACUAUAGAAAGACCACUUGGCCUUUUGUGUGCGUUUUUGUAUGUGUGCGUACGCAUGUGUGCGUAUAUGUGUGAUUAAGUGUGCUUGGAUGUGUGGGUGUGUCAAGUUGCACACAAGUAUACUGUACAAUACAGCUUCCGCUAUUUGCCACCGUGGAGAAUUAACGCAUGAACUGAACCGUGACAAGGAGCAAAUAUAUCUGAAACAAUUACGCUAUAUUCUGUGGACAACUGUUAAACUUUCUUUUUUAAUGAAUCCCCAAAAAAUUACUUAGAAUAUAUAUAUGCAGGAACUGAGGGAAACCAUUAUGGACACCUUACUUUCUACGUACUAUUAUCUGGAUUUAGAAAUAAUCAAAAGUCUUGUUUUAAUUUCUUGACAUCCUGCCCUAUGUAUUUAUUUUUACCUCUCCCACCGACCCCCACUCCCCAACAAAUCCCAGAUGGACUGUAUUUGGGAAGGACUUGGAACAAUCAGAAGGAAGAGAAACUCCAAGAGGAUUCACCUUAUGAAUUGCUAUUAUUAAACAAAAGAAAUUGCAUAUAAAUUGGAUAUUGUAUUUUUGUUGUUGUUCUAA